AUGUAUCAAAAAGAUUUUAAUGAAGGGUUAGCACAUUUAACUGCUAAUGAAUAUUUGGUCUUAGCUGGUACUUUUCACGGCGUACACGCUAUUACAUCCAAAAUUUCCCCGGCUGGUACAUCUUUUCUUGUAGAAUGCGAUUACUUUUAUUCUAUUAACGUUUCUUUUUUAAUAACAGGAACAAAAUUUCUGAUUCUUGCCGAUCCAACACAUCCAAAUAUUGAUCUUGUACUUCGACGUACUUACGAUGUUUAUAGUGACUAUGUUAUGAAAAAUCCUUUUUAUACACCAGAAAUGCCAAUUCGUAGUGAAUUAUUUGAUAUAAAUAUAGUCAAAUUGAUUAAACAAGUUGGGAGUUAG